AUGGUACGGAGGAAGCUUCAGACGAUAUAUUGUCCUGAAAGCAGCACACUAUGUACUCCUGAGCUUCGGAUUAAGUCCAACCGCACUCCUAAGUUGAAGGAGAGCAAACCACCCAAGGUUCGAGCAAUAGGAUCCUUGUCUCGUGAACCUUCAGCGUUUGAACUUACUGACAAGAAGAUUAAAGAGGAAGAGAAGUCUUCACAACCUGCAAAGAGGAAGAAGCGUGCGAAGAAGUCUGAUACAAGCCAUUUCAUGUGUAACUUUUCAUCCUUUCUCCAUCCAUAUAUUCACACAAUUACAAAUGUUGAGGAUGAUGGUAACUGUGGCUAUAGAUCCAUUGCUGCAUUACUGGGGCAUUCCGCCAGUCAGGACGGUUGGCCUUGGGUUAGGGCUACAUUGAUAGAAGAAUUUGAGAACAAUGUGUUCAUGUAUAAUAGGAUGUGGGGCACAAAUGUUGUUGACGACUUACAUGAACGACUCACUCUUCCUCCUGAUGUCCCGGCCACCCCUGAGAAAUGGUUUCAACUGCCAGAGAUGGGAUACCUUGUGGCAACAAGGUUCCAAUUGGUUCUCGUAUCCUUAUCCUCUAUGGGUUGUAACACAUACUUUCCACUGAUAGGAGCCGGUCCACCAGAUGUGCAUCCUGUUAUAGCUAUUGGACAUGUGACAAAUCACUGGGUACAGCUCCAAUUAACUCCUGGACAUCCUAUGCCGCCUAUUGCUCCCCAGUGGGAUUGGCAUGCUGAUCUUGCCUCCAAAUACUGGCGCAACCCAUAUGGUCCACGUUUAGACAUGUACGCUGCACAAUUCCAAGCUUGGCUUGGUGUUUUCAGUGGUCAUGUGGACUAUGUGGACAUCACCACAGAUUGA